CACCUCUAAAAGCAAAUUGUGCCAGGUAGCAGCGACCCCUUCAUCUCCCCAGAAGCUGUCCCUAGAAAGCACGUGUGAGGUCCUUGCUCACCAAUGGGUAUGGGGCAAAGGGGAUGCUGGGGAAACGCCCUACCCCCCACCCUUGGGACACACUGGGGAAGUGAGGGGAGGUGGGACCCAAGGUCCCUUGAGCAGCCCAAGGCUUUCUACCCAGGGCUGCUGAAGCUCCCCUGGGCCCAACCACCGGUCCAACCCCUGGGCCCAACCUAUAGGCCCAGCCCCUUAGUUCUAAUGGGCCUAGAGCGCGCCCCCGCAGUGGGGAGCUGUGUAAGUUCUGAGAGGCAGUCUGGGUUACUGGCCCCAGGGGCUGCUGGCCUGCUGCUGACGGUGGGGACACACUGUUCUCUCACCAGUGCUCCUCAGGAGGUAAGGGAAAGGCGGGGGGAGGCCUGGGUAAAGAGGAAGGGCGAUGGGCUGGCUAGCAGCUGGCAGCCCCUUGGGGAAAGGAGGCAAGGCCCCCAGCCCACACUGGCUCCUUCCGCAGGUCAGCUGCAGCCCAUCCCUGGCAUCGGCCACCCAGACAAGCCUGAGGCCGGGAAGCUGGACCAGCUGCGGUCUCAGCCCACCCCGAAGCAGGGAGCUCAAGGAACACCCACCCAGUCCCCCUCCACUGGCUGGAAAGCGCCUCCCAGGCCAGGGCUGGCCCUGAGGAAGGAGUCACCCCCAGUGACCUCGGAGCAGGAGCAGGGUCACAACAAGGGCCUGGUCACUGAGUGGGCUCAGCCCCAGGCCACAGCUGCCAUGAGGGCUGAGGCAGGGAAGCCCGGGGCCCUGAAGCUCAGGCCCUGGCAGGCCGGCAGGGACCCUCAAGCUCAAGAGGGGGCAGCAGUCACCGAGGAGGACCAGGGCCAGAGGACAGGAAGCCGGGAAGACAAGGGAAGGGGCCUGAAACCCAGGAGGCCCCCUAAAGGGACCUCCCAUCAACCUGGGCCGAGGAUCCGGCGCCCACAGAAGGACCGCAGCCGAGGCCGGGAUGGCGGCGGCAGCACCUCCAAGACCCCAGGCCGUGGGUGGAAAAGACCAGGAAGCACACAUGGGCACAGGCACAGGCACGCAGACCUGGGCACCACCCAGCAGGCCAUGCCCUCUCUGCCAGCCUCGUGCCUCCUGGCCCAGGCAGUCAUCACCUGUGGCAAUGUCAAGAUGAAGCAUGUCCCUGCCCUGACCGACCCUGGUCUGACCACACGCUACGUGGCAGAGAAUGAAAUUGUCAAGAUCCCAGCCCACACGUUCCUGGGGCUGCCCAACCUGGAGUGGCUGGAUCUCAGCAAGAACAAGCUGGACCCCCGAGGCCUGCACCCCCAUGCCUUCAAGAAUCUGAUGCGGCUGAAGCGGCUGAACCUGGAUGGGAACUCGCUGACCACAGUCCCGGCCCUACCUGCCUCCCUGCAGGAGCUCAAACUCAACGACAACCUCCUGCAGGGCCUGCAACGCAGCAGCUUCCGUGGGCUCAGCCAGCUGCUGACGCCGGAGGUGGAAGGGAACCAGCUGCGUGACAGGGACAUCUCCCCCUGGCCUUCCAGCCCCUCUGCAGCCUGCUCUAUCUGAGGCUGGACCGGAACCGGCUGCGGACCAUCCCACGCGGCCUGCCGUCCUCCCUGCAGUCACGCGGCCUGCCGUCCUCCCUGCAGUUGAGCUGGAGCCCCCAGGAUGGGGAGGCAACACUGUUACCGUCAAACAACCCCGCCUCUGUUUCUGCUGAGGGGGCGUGGAGCAGCCCAUAGGCUUCAGGCCUCUCCUCAGCUUGACCUAACCUUCCAGAAGCCCACAGUGGGACCUCCUGGAUGGCUCUGCACCCUUUGGGGUCUCUGAGAGCUGCACCUGGGCACCAACCUCAUCGAGGAGGUGGCGGAGGGCGCACUGAGCCACAUCCACAGUCUCAGCGUGCUGGUGCUCAGCCACAACCGGCUUCAAGAGCACCGGCUGGCACCCCGAGCCCGGAUCCAUCUCCC